AACCAGUCUUAAUAAGUUGAUACAACAAUCAUGGUCUCACAAAACUGCCCAAUCAUCUGUGAACAUGUUGAAUGACCACCAUUGUGGCCCGAGCUCGAAUAAUGGACCUCUUGUCAUCAUAAUAUUAUGGGAAAGUCCUCGGCAGCUGCUAUUCACUUCGUUCUGCGAAAUAAAUUGACCCAGCAAAGAAAUAUGACAAUUAUAUGACACUAAGGCCUUAAAAGCUUAACAUCACAACAUUUAUAAGGAAACAAUGAAACGAUCCGAAAUAAAACAAACAAAAAACGAAAUUUAGAACUAGAACAAGCAGGUCAAAAUCGAUCAAAAUUUAUUCUGCAGCUAAGUCAGGAAGUGUGAAGUCAGGACUGUCUUCUGCUCAAGGAAUAGACCGUCAUGGAUAAUAAUAUGACUCAUUCUGCCCUGCCUCCUCUUCUCAAGUUUGAAAACAUAGCGCGAAUUUAUGGUUCAGCUUUUCACGGGAUAUCUCUGUCCACAGCAGUUGCCGUCUCCAUUUUAUCGCCCCUGGCAGUGGUGGCUAAUGGUCUGAUUUUGGCGGCAAUUUGGAGGAACCAAUCUUUGAGAAAUCCUUCCUAUGUUCUGCUCGCUGGAUUAGCUCUCACCGACUUGGGUACUGGACUCAUCAGCCAGCCUAUGUAUGUCACAAACGAGUUGAUUUACUUGUUAAAACCUAGGGGGAGCGUGGUUGUAACUUAUGCUAUGGUCGAUGGCUGUGUCACGCUCUUUUCACACAGUACAGCAUUUAUUAUGACAGUCAUGUCAAUUGAACGGUGGUUGCACAUGGCUAGAAGGUCGCUGAUAAACGUGCGUCGAGCCUUUAUCAUUGUUGUCUCUUUAUUUCUCCUUCCUAUUCCAGUAACUGUGUAUCGUGUGCUCCAAAGAUUGAAGCGAGCUCCUACACCUGUGGUAGAUGUUAUUUCCAGUUCACUAGUCCCAUUCUUGCUAACUGUCAGCUCAGUAGCUUACUUGAAAGUCUUUCGAAUAAUUCGUCGCCAUCAGCAGCAAAUCCAGGCAAACGGAAUGUCUCAAAACUUUGCUCAACCAGCGAUUAACUUUACAAAAUACAAGAAAUCCGUGUUCUCAAUCCUCUAUAUACUUGUUGUUUUCUACAUGGGUUAUGUCCCUGUCGCCAUCUCUAUGAGAAUAUCGACUGUUUUGAUCAAUGAACAAGUCGUCUUAUCUAUAAAUUUUUCUUUCUUGUUUAUGUUUCUGUCUGCUUCGCUUAAUCCUCUUCUCUACUUGUGGAGAAUGAAAGAUAUUCGAAAUGAAGUGAAACUUCUUAUCAAACGAAUACUCCACAAAGAGAAUUAGUUAGAGAGAACAAGUUGAAUAUCUCUCAAGUUUCCUCCCGUUAAAUGUUUCAGAUUUGAUAUUUAU